AUGCCGAUUUUACCUAAGGAGGAAACUGAGGGUGUCCGUACCCGCAGUCAACGCCAGCAUGAGACGGACCAGGGGAGAUUUUGUGGUGCAACGCCGCAGACGUUGGAGGGCCAACUGCCAGCCACGGAGGCUGCGGGCCCGUCAUUAGCUCCUACAUCUGCAGCACCUGACUUAGGUGCUCUGAUGGCGAUGCUACAGGAGCAGCUGCAGCGCUGA